AUGCAUUGGCUAUUUAUAGGUUCUGCCGCUCUUUUGCUAUUCCUCCCAGCCUCAGCUUUAUCUCGCGGAAUUGUUGACCACGGCCACUGGAAUGAACUCCGAGAUCUCACCCACAACGCUUCGCAUAAUUCCUCGCAGGCAAAGUCAAGCCCCCCUCUUGUCAUUGACACUUUCAAAAAUCCAACCCGCAAUGACCUGGGAUUCUGGCACGGCUCCGGCGAGAAUCUAACCGUACAACAUGGACCAGGAUUCGUCCGUCUAUUCCCAACAGACCCGGACCAGAACUUCGUCACACAGUUCGAUUCCAACGCCUGCUACGGCCUGAUACCCUGGUACAACGAGUAUUUGCAUGUCAUAUUUGAGGGCACGGAUCAGUACAGUGUCUCUUUUAAUCAACACAACGACGAGUGCAACCCGAAACGCAGGCCCUUCCCCGGCAUUGCAGACUCCGUCCAGGCGGAGCGGUAUGUGGUUCGUCCCGCCUCCGAGGCCUUUGCUGAGGAUGAUAACUGGGAUGAUGAUGAUAAUAUACACGCCGAUGUGGGGAGGAAGAAACACAAGCAUAGAAAGUCCAAGGGCGGUCGACGAAAGCACCCCCAGGGCAAUACCAAAAUUCCAACGGGCCGUCGUGAGCUCUAUAUCCCUUUGGCUCAUUUCGAUAUAGAUUUCAACCGCGUCGUGUCAGUUUCGUUCCAUGGCUUCUACACCAAUGAAUCCAUCACUUUGCAUCGUGUGGAAAUUGUGCCUGAUGUUCCAUUGCCCUCGCCGGAAAAUGGUCACUAUCGUGUCCCUUGGAAGAUGCCCAAUGGGAAAUUGGUUCUCCGUUGUUCCCGUCCGAAUUCUUUUGCAUUUGGUAUCGAUGAUGGACAGCCGCAGUACUCUCAGCAGGUCAUGCGAAUCCUUGACGAGGAGGGUGUGCGGGUUACUUUCUUCGUCGUUGGGGCUGGACUCAGGGAUCCGACGAGCAAUUUCACGGAGUUCUAUAAAGAGAUGUUGAAGAAGGGGCACCAAGUGGCGUUUCAUUCGAACACUCAUCCAAAGAUGGAAUCAUUGGCAACCCUCGCUCAGAUCGAUGACGAGAUUAUCCAGUCCAUGCAAAUCUUUAGAGAGCAACUGGGCAUCGAGUCUUCGUACUUCCGCCCACCAUUCGGUACAGUAGCUUCUCGGCUGCGUCAGGAGCUAGCCCGACACAUACCAAACCCGUCCAUUGUGAACUGGAGCGUCGAUGUCGAAGACUGGCUAUGGGCAGAUACGUCCACACCAGAGAAGCAGCUUGAAGCCUUCUUCCGCAGUGUUGAAAAGGGGGGGAAUCUUGCUGUCAUGCACUACCUGCAUCCGACUACCAUUGGAUACCUACCAGAGUUCAUUCGACAUGUCAAGAGGGCCGGAUACCAGAUCAUGCGAAUCGAUCAGUGUUUGGGGGAUGUCUCCGCUCCGCCGUUGUGA